GUCGAAGGGCGUCUCCCUAACGUACGCUGAGUAGCUACUGUGGCGAAACCUUUACCAGACCGUCACAUUUUCCUUGAGUAUAUUGAAGUGUCACCGGUCUAUCACAUUUGCUGAGGCGACAGGUGAAAUGGAAGAAAACAGUGAACAGGAAAGACCCCUUUUGAGGACAGGUCUUGACGAGGAGGCCAUCGUUGACCUUGGGAAAACCAGCUCCACCACCCACACCAACUAUGAGACGGAAGAGCUGGAGAGCCACAGGGCGGUCUACGUCGGGGUCCAUGUGCCUCUGGGCCGGGAGAGCAAACGCAGGCACCAUCGCAGAGGCCACAAACACCACCGCAAGAGGCGGGAGCGGGAGGAGGACCACGAAGAGGAGGACCGUGAGGACCCCACGUAUGACACGCCCUCCCAGCGGGUGCAGUUCAUCCUGGGUACGGAAGAUGAUGACGUGGAGCACGUCCCCCACGACCUGUUCACCGAGCUGGACGAGCUGUCCUUCAGGGACGGGAGCGCCACCGAGUGGAAGGAGACAGCCAGGUGGCUGAAGUUUGAGGAGGACGUGGAAGAUGGAGGGGAGCGUUGGAGCAAGCCCUACGUGGCCACCCUGUCUCUACACAGCCUGUUUGAGCUGAGGAGCUGCAUCCUCAACGGAACCGUCAUGCUGGACAUGAGGGCCACCUGUAUCGAGGAGAUUGCAGACAUGCUGAUUGACGGCAUGGUGGCGUCAGGCCAGCUGCAGGAGGAGCUGUGUCAGAAGGUGCGCGAGGCCAUGUUGAAGAGACACCACCAUCAGAACGAGAGGAAGCUCAGCAACCGCAUCCCGCUGGUGCGCUCAAUCGCAGACAUAGGCAAGAAACAUUCAGACCCGUUGUUGCUUGAGAGACACGGGGAGGGCCUCUCUGCCUCCCGCCACUCCCUGAAGCCGGGGGCCUCCGUCUCCAACCUGUCCCAGAGGCGAGAGUCCCGGGUCUCCGUCCUCCUCAACCUCCUCCUGCCUAACUCCUCCUCCUCCACCUCCGCUGGGGGGCUCUCCCCCGGACCAUCGCCCCUCACCACCCCUCAGAACACCCCCCCUACUCCCCGCCGCUCCCCAGACCCUCCCCGCGCCCCUGGCCCUGCCCCGGUCCCCCAGGCCAUCCCGGAGGUGGUGGUGUCACCGCCUGAGGACGACGAAGCAGCAUUGAGUGGGCGAGAGAAGAGGCGAGAGAAGAGAGUUAGGGUUGUACCUGGGCCAUUGAUGUCCACGCACUCUGUCCCCAGUAACCUGGAUAGCAGCAGCAAGACCGGAGACAGGAGGUCCUCCAGAGCUGGGGUCAGUAAAGAGAACAGCAGUGUGGACUUCAGCAAGGUGGACAUGAACUUCAUGAAGAAGAUUCCUCCGGGCGCCGAGGCGUCCAACGUGCUGGUAGGGGAGGUGGACUUCCUGGAGAGGCCCAUCAUCGCCUUCGUACGCCUGUCCCCCGCCGUUCUCAUCACGGGGCUCACAGAGGUGCCCGUGCCCACCAGGUUUUUGUUUCUGCUGUUGGGUCCACACGGGAAAGGCCCUCAGUACCAUGAGAUUGGCAGAUCCAUGGCCACACUGAUGACAGAUGAGAUAUUCCAUGAUGUGGCGUACAAGGCCAAAGAUCGGAUGGACCUUCUGUCUGGGAUAGAUGAAUUUCUGGACCAGGUGACAGUCCUGCCCCCAGGAGAAUGGGACCCCUCGAUACGAAUCGAACCCCCCAAGAACGUCCCAUCGCAGUUGAAGAGGAAGAUUCCCUCCCAGCCCAACGGGUCGCCCUCACCCUCUGGGGAGAUGUUGAAGGAGGAGGAUGAAGGCCACGGAGCUGGGCCCGAGUUGCAGAGAACCGGACGGAUCUUUGGAGGCCUGGUGAUGGAUAUAAAGCGGAAGGCCCCGUUCUACUGGAGCGACAUCCGGGACUCGUUGAACCUGCAGUGUCUGGCCUCCAUCCUGUUCCUCUACUGCGCCUGCAUGUCCCCUGUCAUCACCUUCGGGGGGCUGCUGGGAGAGGCCACUAAGGGCAACAUAAGUGCCAUAGAGUCUCUGUUUGGGGCAUCCCUCACAGGAGUGGCCUUCUCUCUGUUUGCGGGGCAGCCCCUCACUAUACUGGGCAGUACGGGGCCUGUCCUAGUUUUCGAGAAGAUCCUCUUCAAGUUUUGCAAGGACUACGGCCUGUCCUACCUGUCUCUGAGGACCAGCAUCGGCCUGUGGACGGCCUUCCUCUGCCUGGUCCUGGUGGCCACAGACGCUAGCUCCCUGGUCUGUUACAUCACCCGCUUCACAGAGGAGGCCUUCGCCGCGCUCAUCUGCAUCAUCUUCAUCUACGAGGCCCUGGAGAAGCUCUUCCACCUGGGGGAACACUACCCCGUCAACAUGCACAACGAGCUGGACAACCUCACCCUCUAUUUGUGUCAGUGUUCUCCACCGGCCAACGCCUCCACUGAGAUCUUGCAGACGUGGAACCAGACAGGACACACACCAGACACUAUCUCCUGGAACAGUCUCAACGUAUCGAUGUGUAACCUGCUCCAUGGAGAGUUUGCUGGUUCUGCCUGUGGUCACCACGGCCCCUACAUCCCAGAUGUCCUCUUCUGGUCCAUCAUCCUCUUCUUCACCACCUUCUUCCUCUCCUCCUUCCUGAAGGAGAUCAAGACCGAGCGAUACUUCCCUACAAAGGUGCGCUCCACCAUCAGUGACUUUGCCGUGUUUCUGACCAUUAUGAUCAUGGUGCUGGUGGACUAUCUGAUGGGCAUCCCCUCUCCUAAACUCAACGUACCCGACCGCUUUGAGCCUACCUCUAAGCAUCGCGGCUGGCUGAUCUCCCCGCUGGGCACCAACCCCUGGUGGACCCUGCUGGUGUCAGCGCUGCCCGCUCUGCUCUGCACCAUCCUCAUCUUCAUGGACCAGCAGAUCACCGCCGUCAUCAUCAACCGCAAGGAGCACAAGCUCAAGAAAGGCUGUGGCUACCAUCUGGACCUGCUGGUGGUGGCGGUAAUGCUGGGGGUUUGCUCCAUCAUGGGCCUGCCCUGGUUCGUAGCCGCCACCGUGCUCUCCAUCUCCCACGUCAACAGCCUCAAGGUGGAGUCGGGCUGCUCGGCGCCAGGAGAACAGCCCAAGUUCCUGGGCAUCAGAGAGCAGAGGGUCACCGGCUUCAUGAUAUUUGUCCUCAUGGGCUGCUCCGUCUUCAUGACCUCCGCACUCAAGUUCAUUCCUAUGCCGGUGCUGUACGGGGUCUUCCUCUACAUGGGAGCCUCUUCACUCAAAGGCAUUCAGUUCUUUGACCGUAUCAAGUUGUUUGGUAUGCCAGCCAAGCACCAGCCUGACCUGAUCUACCUGCGCUACGUUCCCCUGUGGAAGGUCCAUGUUUUCACCCUGGUGCAGCUCACCUGCCUCAUACUGCUCUGGGUCAUCAAGGCCUCCGCAGCCGCUGUCGUUUUCCCCAUGAUGGUGCUGGCCCUCGUAUUCAUUCGGAAGCUUCUCGACUUUUUCUUUACCAAGAGGGAGCUCAGCUAUCUGGACGACUUGAUGCCCGAGAGCAAGAAGAAGAAAGAGGAUGACAAGAAGAAGAAGGAGAGGGAGAAACGGGAGGCCCAGGCUUUAUUGCUCGUAGAACAGGUGGGCGUGAAUGCUGUGAAGGUCCAUUAUGACGCUGGGAACCUGCUCAAGAUCCCAGUCAAAACGUUCUCAGGGAGCUCAUGUGACCUCAGCAAUGUUAAUAUCUCUGAGGAAAUGGCCAAAAGCGGGGCAUGCAAAGCAGUGGCGUUGAGCGCCGACUUCGGCCCGUCUAUGAAGCGUAGCCAAAGCCAGGAGAAGGUCGCCUGUGUUAGAGUCAACAUGGACACUACCGAGGCAGGAGGAGAGAGUUCAGCCUUAGAGACUGCCUUGUGAUCGAGGAGACCUUGUACUAACCCCCCACCUAACCCCACAGAGGGCCACCCUGGUACAGUGAGCAAGCUAGGACUUGAGCAGAGCAAUCAGACUGGUCUCUGGAAAAGAAGCCCCUUUUGUGGGUCUGCUGGGUCAACAGUUGAGCUCCAGUGGUCCAGUGUAGCUAAGGGGGUCUUGAGGACUCCCCCAGUGCACAGAGGACUGACUGCCCGGGCAGUGGCGAGCACAUUGCCGGGACAUGAAUGAACCAGACUCACACUGCCUACCGAAACCCCAUGGGUCGAAACCCCAUGUCAACCAAUCAUUUCCCACUCACUGCCACAGAUGCCAAAGGAUGGGGCCACCAUCGCCACACAUAUGCGGAAUCUUCUUUAAUUGUUGUGUAUGCAUAAAUGUACUUAAUUGUAUUAUAUAAGGUAUAUUUUCUCAUGUAUAUUUUAAGUUAUAUUUUAUUACCAAUUAAGAGAUUCACAUUUGCAUCCUGUUUUUUUUGGCACACACAAAAGUGUGAGCUAUUCUGGUCUCUGUCUACAUUUUUUUAAAUAAUAUAUAUUUCCUUUCCAAAAUGUACCAUACACAAACCAGCUACACCAGCUCCAAAAACACAUCAGUCAAGCCAUGAUGAUUCAAGUUGUUAUUUCUGUGAUUUCAUCAGUGCAAACUGGUAACAUCCUGACUUAACACGGGUAAUCUAAAACGAAACUGUUGCAAACCAAAAGAAGAAUGUAGACAUUCAGACGCCUUUACCCCGUAAUCUUUCUUGCUUGUGAAACAUUGACAACGGUUGGUGUGGCAACAUCUUUUCACUGCCCCUGUACUGUAUACUCUGCAAGUUGCAUUCUCAGUAUUGGUAUUGCUGCUCAGAUCAAGUUGUUCCAACUGAGAAUAUUUGUUGUUGUUGUAAGUAUAUGUCACUGUUAUGCUGUUUCUGUGGAAUUGUGUGCUUUCUGUUGUAUGUUUCAAUGGAACAUUUUCUGAAAUACUAAUUUAAGGUUAAGAAAGUGAUGGGAUGAAUACUACAAUAAGCACUUUAGAUUUGUUUGCCAGUAGGAAUUAGUGCACAGGCCUGAAUUGAGUUAAAAACCAUUGAAUCUGAAGACCCACAGAACUGUUUGCUCAAAUGUCUAGAAAAAGUUACAACUUUGAAAUCAAUAUGAUUUCUGAUUGUGGGAAGUUCUUUACACUCAUCGCUUGUCUGUCACUAUUCGCACAGUAUUUCAAUAUUAUAACCUAUUUUGUGUAUUAUUGUUGGAUUUAUUAUUCUUGGGACAAUUAUUUUUGAUAAACAGGAAAGUGAACAAAAAAGCAAUGUGCCGUUAGAUUUCUUCUAAAAGCAACGAGCAACAUUAUUCUGUGCAGUCAAAUUGUAUUCUCACAAUAUUGUACCAUUUAUGCUGUACAAGUUUUGGUACUUGUGUGUCACAAUGUACACCGUAAAGGUAAGUUCAAUAUUGCACAUGUCAUUUUUAUGCUGAAAGAUAUUUCCAGAAAUGAUCUGUAAAAUGCAAUUAUAUAUUUCUCAUUUGCUUAGCACACGUGCUCCUGUUUUAGCAAUAAUAGACGAGUUUUCAGUACAAUACAAUGUCUGGAGUGAUGUUUCUAUUGAGCUGUCUAGCGGGAGUUUGUCAAACCCCAUCCACGUUGUGUGUCUCCUCUAUUGACUAUUAGUGUGUGGCUGAUUAUACAGACAAUAGCUGACGUGCCUUGUGAAUGCUCGUUGUUUGUAUUUUAUUCAUACGGUAGACAUAGUGUUAAUGUUCAGGUAGUGCACACACACGUGGCUCAAAAUGCGUAAGAGAGACGAGCAAGCUAGGACGGCAUAUCGACAGGCUGUUCAUCAUAUCUGCUGAAACUGAAGUGAAAUAUGAAUGCGGUAGUACUCUGAAUGUUGUUGUGAAAGUCACGUCCUCCUCAACCCGACCCGACCACUAACCUGAUGUAUUACAUGACAAAUAGGAACUCAUUAGUACACUUCAUCAUACUAAUUUGUCAAUAAUGUACUGUAUGUGUUUGUAUGUCACAGACGUGGUGUUUGUUCACGAAUGGUAUGAACUGUAAUUUUUUACAUGCAAUAUCAGCAAAUGUGCAGAAUUAUUGUAACUUCAAUAUCACGAAUGAAAAUGACAGAAAUCUAAUGCAUUUCGCCAAACACCUAUCUUUUAACAAAAAGGUAAAUGUGCAUUGUUGCAAUUUUUGUUUGAACACAAUUCUGGUGUGUUGGCUAUUUUAAGUCAUUACAAAUGUUGUUUGGGUAUUUGUGAUACUAUAUGUAUGCAGUAGGUACAAUUCAUUGUAGAACACAAGUGGUAUUCCAACGGAUUCCAUCUGUAUUGUAUCAUCUUUACCAUGAAUAAUAUAAUAUGGCUCUGAUCUGUACCAUAGAAACAGGGUAUUCUUUAGGACCAUGUAUUACACUGACCUCAGUCAAGCACAGAACAUUCUCCUGCAAUAUGUUGUUGAAUACAAUAAGAACAUGUAGGGCGGAAACUUUUUUUUUUUUGUAAGUGUUGAUGGAAAGCAAUUAAAAGUAAAUGAAAUGUA